GUCGACUGCGGGGUCCCCUACCGGUGCUGUCGCAGAUCUGGAAGAUGCCCGACUGCAGGACGCUGUAGACUGGCAGAUUUUCGGAGACUCGUACUCCGGUUUGAAGCAUCGAUACUUGCACACACUGUCACCUUGCCGGGCCCGACCCAACGCCCCCACUUCACGCGCUGUAAGCACCCUGAUAUGGCGCACACUCUCCUCGGGCUCGCGGCCUGUCUGGCUCCUUGGCGAAUCCCGGAGCGAGACAUAGAGCCAUGUUCAGAGGUUGCUGGCAGUCCUCUGCCCGCUUGGCCUAUCGAUCUAGAGAAAAUGCAAGAGAAGUUCUUCAAGAUCUCGAAAUCUAGUAUGUCCGACGAGGAGGUUGAACAGGAAGCCAUCAAGCUGUGGAAAGAGACCAUCGACGAGGAGAUCGAGCGUUCGCUCGUGGCGGAGCAUUAUACGAAAUCAGGAGCAGCUCCAGCUCGCAUGGAACGACAUUGUGCUCGCAUGGAAGAGAGUCCAUUUUUCCAUCCCCUGUUUGAACCGGGACGAGGAGUUCAAGCGGCUCUUAGAGAUCCUGAAAGACGAGCCGUGGGCCGCAGAGAAGACCGACGACGACUUCAUCCCCUCCCCCGCCAGGUCCCCCCCCCGUCCCCGCCAGCGUACGGGACCACGACGUGCCCUACGUGCUCGGCUGGGCCCGCUGCAACCCCAAAGCCUGGCUCUUCAUAUUCAUGCAGGCGCUCUACGCCGUGUCCGGCAAACAGAACGAGCGAGUGGUCGAGAGCGGCCUGCAGGUGCUGCGGGGCCACUCCCGCUACGAGCACAUCCACACCCUCUUCGGGGUGCGCCUAGACACGAUGCUCUGGGCGGACGACUUCGGGGGCAUGAUGUACGAGCGGCUGCCCAUUGCCGAUCUCCUGGUGAUCGCGUGCACGGGCGACGAGUUCUACUACUACCGCAGGCCGACUGUGUCGCAGUACGCGUGGCUGAAGAAGCUGCUCGGCGAGCCGAAGUGGUACCGGUACUACCCCUGGUCGCGGAGGCAGUUCGAUGCGGACGCGUUCAUGGUCUAGGGCACUGCCUUGCUGAAG